CUCAGGGCCUGCCAGCGCCAGGCCCUGCUUCAGGGCUGGAGUGGCCGCGGGACGAGGCCGGGGCCGUGCUACCAACGCAGCGCUCCCGUCAUGGGGCUGAAUAGGACGCUGCGGCGGCUCCUGCAGCUGGUGCCCGGGAAGCGACGCUUCGGCAUGUACCGCUUCCUGCCGUUUUUCUUCUUGCUUGGCGGCGCCGUGGAGUGGACCAUGAUCCAUUGGCGCGCCGGCCGCGAGACCUUCUAUGAUGUUUAUCGUAGGAAACAGUCGGAGAGACAGUAUAAACGCAGGAUGGAAGAAACAUGAAUUUAGCGUGGAACCAUUUAAUCAGGAGCACCACGGACUCUUGAAUCCUGUAAAUCACAGUCCAGAGAAAAGUCAAAACGGCAGCAAAGGCAUUCACAAGCCUGCCUUUCUGAAAGUUGAACUAUAAUUUAUUUGUUAUUAUGUCUAGUUUAGGUUUUCUUUUAAGAUACUUUUAGAGUGUGUUCUUCCACCACCCACUUCACCCCUUUUGAGGCAGUCUUACUGGAGAGAUGAUUCUUUGCAUUUAUGCCACUAAACCUGCUUAAUGUUUGUGCAGUUGAUUCUGUUAAAUAAACUAAAGUUAGCAAAUUGAAA